GUCAACUAAAAAAUACACCAAACAAAUCCUCAAGCAAUCUCCAAUCUCCUCGUGUUCGUUACUUGUCUAAUCCGCCAGCAGAACCCAGUUCACGCGCCACCGUCCUCCGCCGCACACUAAAUCUGCCACCGCGGCAAGAAGAAGCGCGUGGAUGCCAGAAAAAACAAAACAAAAAACAUGAACCGUUAGCCCCUGAAAACACUUUCCAAAUAUAGGAAGCUCCUCUAACGUCUCUUUGCCUUUGGAUCAGGCACACCACACUCACCCACACACAGAAACAAAGCCACUUAAAAUCACAAACCCAAAAAAAAAAGAAAAAAAGAAAAAAAAUUUCCCUCUGUCUCUUUCUUCUUACCAUUUUGCUUCAUUCAUUUAUUUAUUCUUUCUUUUUUAUUCUUCUAUAUUUCUCUCUAUGUCUCGUGCACCGAACUACGAGUUUCAGGAAUGGUGGAACAAGCAGAGAGAAAACAACAACCUCGACCUCUUCGAGGAAAAAUCCGACCAGGUUGACUCCUCAUUCGUCUCCGUCGAUGUCGGCGGCAGGCGCAGCGGCGUCAAUUCGGAUCCGUCGGUUGAGAAGGAGCGUGGCCGGAGCGCGAGGCAGCUCCGGUGGGUGUGCUUGCUUAGGUUCCAGCAAAUUGCCGCAUCGCUUGCUUGGAUAUCAAACGGUUUCUUGUUCUUGGUACGCACCGCGAAUCGCCGGAUCGCCUCGCCGGAUUCGCGGCGAGCCGAUUCGGGGACAUCGCGGCUGUACCGGGUGAUCAGGGUUUUCCUGAUUGUGGUGAUUGUUUUGUUAGGGUUUGAGCUUGUUGCUUACUUCAAGGGAUGGCAUUUUAGCCCUCCAGCGGCAGCAACCGCCGCCGAGAUGCUGGGGAUGGUGGCGGUGGUUUACGCGCGGUGGCUCGAGAUUCGGGUGAAUUAUUUGGCACCACCGUUGCAGAGUUUGACCAAUAUGUGCAUUUUGUUGUUCAUUGUGCAAUCAGUUGAUAGGAUAGUUUUGAUCUUGGGGUGUUUCUGGAUCAAGUUCAGGAAACUCAAGCCUGUGGCUUCUGUGGAUUAUGGGAAAAAUGCUGAGGAGAGUGUGGAGGAUUAUCCUAUGGUGUUGAUUCAGAUUCCUAUGUGCAAUGAGAGGGAGGUUUACCAGCAAUCCAUUGCAGCAGUUUGUAUCCAGGAUUGGCCAAAGGAGAGAAUGCUUGUACAGGUUCUUGAUGAUUCUGAUGAAGUAGAUACCCAACAGCUCAUCAAGGCAGAAGUGCAUAAAUGGCAACAAAGGGGUGUUCGGAUAAUAUAUAGACAUCGGCUUAUACGUACAGGUUACAAGGCUGGGAAUCUUAAAUCAGCAAUGAGCUGUGAUUAUGUUAAGGAUUAUGAGUUUGUGGCAAUAUUUGAUGCUGAUUUUCAGCCAACGCCAGAUUUCUUAAAGAAGACAAUACCUUAUUUCAAGGGAAAGGAUGAUUUGGCGUUAGUCCAGACAAGAUGGGCAUUUGUAAACAAGGAUGAGAACUUGCUUACAAGAUUGCAGAACAUUAAUUUAUCUUUCCACUUUGAGGUUGAACAGCAGGUGAAUGGUGUCUUCAUUAACUUCUUUGGCUUUAAUGGAACCGCUGGUGUCUGGAGAAUAAGGGCCCUUGAAGAGAGUGGUGGUUGGUUGGAGCGAACAACUGUUGAGGACAUGGAUAUUGCUGUUCGUGCCCAUCUCUGUGGAUGGAAGUUUAUAUUUCUCAAUGAUGUUAAGUGCCUUUGCGAACUUCCAGAGACCUAUGAGGCAUAUAAGAAACAGCAACACCGCUGGCAUUCUGGUCCAAUGCAGUUGUUUCGUCUAUGUUUUGUUGAUGUACUUCGUUCAAAGGUUAGUUGGGGAAAGAAGGCCAAUUUGAUAUUUCUUUUCUUCCUCCUGAGGAAGCUUAUCCUGCCAUUUUAUUCAUUCACCCUCUUCUGCAUCAUUCUUCCAUUGACCAUGUUCCUUCCAGAAGCUGAGCUCCCAGCUUGGGUUGUUUGUUACAUUCCUGGAAUCAUGUCUAUCCUAAGUAUUCUUCCAGCUCCGCGGUCAUUUCCAUUUAUAGUUCCUUACCUUCUAUUUGAGAACACUAUGUCAGUAACUAAAUUUAAUGCCAUGAUAUCUGGAUUAUUUCGCUUCGGAAGUUCUUAUGAGUGGGUGGUUACAAAAAAAUUGGGAAGAUCCUCAGAGACAGAUUUGGUUACCUUUGAGAAAGAAUCUGAACCUCUAAUGCAAUCUACUGGUCUUCAUAGAUCAUCCUCAGAUUCAGGCAUUGAGGAACUAAGCAAGCUAGAAUUGUCAAAGAAAACUGGGAAGACCAAGAAAAAUCGUCUCUACAGGAAAGAACUUGCUCUGGCAUUUAUUUUGUUAACUGCCUCAGUUAGAAGUUUAUUAUCUGCCCAAGGAAUUCAUUUCUACUUCCUAUUGUUUCAAGGGAUAAGCUUUCUAGUUGUUGGUCUUGAUUUGAUUGGGGAGCAAGUUAGUUGAGCUCCAGAUUCGGAUUUUGAGUGGAUACAAAACCUCAGAUCCUCAUUGAUUCGAGAUAAAGGCGGCCAAACUUAACCUAUCCCUGAACACAUUGAUUUGAGCCUAAGAUGUUCAGUGGUUUUUGGCUCCCAAUUAAUGCAAAUCAGUGGCUGCUUGGCACCAAACUUGCAGUUCUGUUUGUUUUUUGGUGUAAAGACUUCUGCCUCAUUGUUAUUGCCAAGUCAUAUAUGCCUUAAAGUUGUAAAAGUUGUUUCAGUUCAGAAUGGCAAAAUGUAUUGACACGUGAAAAAAAAAAGGGCUUUACAUUUCUGACCUAUAAUACCAAUAUACAGUUGCUUGUUGCCUGCCUGAACUGGAAAGAUGGAAAUUGUUAGAUUAUAACAUUUGUUAUUCUUUUUGAAAAUUGACAAACUGUACAAUCAUAUAUAGUUUCAUUGUAUUGUUGCUUCAAUUGUAUUUGUUAUCAGACUUAGAUUUCUGGUACACUUCCCAGAAACCAUGUUUUCAUUGU